CUCCCUGAGACGUCAAAGUAAACUGCGUUCCGUUCCCAUGGGAACAGGUGAACCCUAAACCCGAGCUGCAGGAUUCUUUGAGUGCCAUGGCUCUAUUAUAGUGCCUCUCUUCAUCACGCAGAGCUAAUCUCAACCGCAGAAUGAUGAGGAGGAUCAUUGCUGAAAAUCUAGACUGGUCCCUGUCUACUGUGCCUUGUUUGUCAAAGCUCUGUCUACAGAGCAUAGUGAACAACUUUCAAGAAAAGCCAAUAUAUGAAGAGCUCACACCCAGCGAGAAGGACUUCAUUCAAAAGAGGCUGCCCCUUUCUCUGCCUCUUCAUUUCACAGCCAACUUUGUCCCCGAUGGUGUCUUCUGGAAGCGGUGUUGCGAGCAAAAGUGGACAGUUUGUGACGUCUCAAAUUACGGCGAAAGCUGGAAACGAAUGUUCUUUGAGAGGCAUCUGGAGAACAUUAUUGAACUUUUUAUUCCAGGCGUAACAGAGCCAAAGACUGUUCUAGACAUGGUCGCACUUUGUAAAGACCACAUCAAGAAGCUAGACAUCUCCCAGCUUCUGCCACCUGUCAAGUUGCCGCAGACGGAGGAAAAGGAACAAGGCUCAGAGUUGACACUUGAAAAUGAGGAUGAUGACACUGGUAUGGACCACUUUGACAUUAGCAUCCUGCUUGACAAGCUGACAAAUCUGGAAGAGAUACAUUUGGUGUAUCAAGUCAAGUCGUGUGGGAUGAACUUUGAAUGGAGCAUGUUUGAGUUGACUCACCGAGACUGUGAGUCCCUUGGCAAGGCAGUUGAGUCUUGUAAGACCUUGAAGCUUUUUAGGCUCUAUCUAAGCCACCUUGAAGAUAAAAAGUGUCGUUUGCUGGUGAAGUACCUUUUAGACCACCCCUCCCUGAGCACACUAGAUUUUUCUCACAACGUGAUCGGAGACAGCGGAGCCAGAGCCAUCGGGAAACUACUCACAAGGAGCAAGCUGAAGGUCCUUAAACUGAGCGACAACAAUAUUGGUGGCCCUGGGGCCAAAGCUAUAGCUCAUGCCUUGUCCAAGAACACAACUCUUGUGUCCCUCAACCUGCGCCUCAACCGUCUGAAAGAUGAGGGUGGUCAGGCUAUUUGCAAGGCCUUGCUGAGCAACAAAACCCUGCUUCACUUGCACCUAGGAGCCAAUGAGAUGACAUGGUGCACUGUGCUUUCCCUGUCUAAAGUGUUAGCACAGAAUAAAACCCUGAAAAGCAUCAAUCUCUCCUGCAACAAGCUGGGUGAGGUUGGAGGGGAAGCUUUGGAGGAGGCGAUGUCUCAAAACACCAGUUUGACAGAAUGCGAUAUUCGCCUGACAGACAUUGAGGAAAAGAGAGUUUCCGUCAUUGACCGGAUGGUUUGGAACAACCAGUUUAGAACACAAGAAACAAGCCCAAGAGAGCAUCACACACCAAAAUAAGAAGCAAAAUUCUGAGUGAUGUAGGCACCGAGGGAUGGCCCAACACGUUGUUGCUUCUGUUCUUGUUAUUUGUUGACAGCAUAAAAAACAUCCUUUUUCAUGCAAACAUGCAAAACACGUGAAACUGUUGGCAUCAGAUCAGUGAUCAGUCUUGCCAGCAUGACUGUUGCAUAUAUCUAAAUAAACAGACCAAAUAUU